ACUUUUGAGAACACAGAGGUUGCUGUUUACUCUCAUCCCUGGCGGCGUCCAAAAUGGCCGCCGAGCAUAACACGAAGCGCGUGUGACCCUCGAGUGAAACCCACUUGAAAAUCCCUGUGUGUGUGUGUGUGUGUCCCUGUUAAACUAUUGCACUGAAAAAUCAAUCCCGUGUCGCUAUGCAGAAAAUAUAUAUUCCGCCAAUUGAAUGAACGUCACGUCAAAAUGUGCUUUUCGUUACACAUCAAUGUCAGACAGCGACGCAGAAGAGUUGUCCGUGGGGGCACCCUCGCCCAUUUCGGCUAAAGAGCACCACCACCACCACCACCACGGUUCUAAUAUGAUUAUCAUGGACGGUGAUGAAGAAGGAUCGAGCAGCGUUUCGACUUCGAGUUUCAGGAUCCGUAAUGAAGGAGUCGACGCGAUUAACGACAGCAGCAACGGCGCCACCCAGCGCCACCCGACAUGUGCCCUCUGCAAAAAUCAUCAAACGAUAAGCACGCUCAAAGGGCACAAAAGAUACUGUCCAUGGCGACAAUGUAUGUGUGAAUUGUGCUAUGGCACGAAUAAAAAGCGAAAGAUAAAUGCGGAGCAAGUGGCCCUGAGACGGGCUCAAGCCCAGGAUGAGGAACUGCGUAAAAAGGGAAUUAUUCAACAACUCGAAAGGAUUUCCAGCUCUUCAACAUCAACAAUCACUACUACACCCUCGUCGUCGAUCCAACAGUCGCCAUCACCCGAUUGUGGGAAAGUGAGGCCGCCUCGUUCCGAGCAGCAUCAACACUCACUGCCGGGCAGGGAAGAAAGAGCGCCAAAAGUGAAAAUCGAUAAUCCAUGCCGACCUACUCCCGCCGUAGGUCAUCAAUCGAGCCCCGUAGUCUUUGGGCAACAAUUGUCGCUCGGGAGCAUCCUCAUGGGCCAGAAUGUUUCAUUGUUACGACACUCUGUAUGCGAGAAGAGAUUAGGAUUUGAAAUGCUAGGAUUCCUUUUCCGGAUCAUUCAAGACGUCAAAGCCGAGAUUGAAAGAGUCUCAUUUCAACUGAAUGAAAUUCACCAUGAAAUUCAAAUCAAGAUUCAUUCCGGAAAUGUCAAUUUUGCACCUAAUCCCAAUCUGUUUUAUGGUCAAGAUCCACUGCAGAACGGAAAUCCUGUGCCCGGACCGGGAUCCAUUCAUCAUUACCAAAUCCCUUCGACUUUUCAAACGCAAAUCCGAGCGACGGUCAUUAACGGGCCUCAUCCACCCAUACACCAAACUUUGUAUCCCAACUGAUCGUUUCUUUUUUCUAUUAUUAUUAUUAUUGAUUCUAUUCUUCAUUGAUUUACUUGCUAGCCCGAGCAAAUUAUUUUAGAUGACUUGUUUUCGUUUCUUUUUUUAAAUCAUUGAUGUUGUUUCAUUUUUGAAUUUUCUAUUAUUUCGUGUGCUUCUCUAAGAAAACCUUCUUCGCACUCUUUAACAUGAUUCAUUAUGAAAUUUAGUGAAAAAUUCCAAAUGCCAACGAAAGACGAUACCCUGAAAAUCUUUUUGCUUUGAUUGGUCGUGUUUUAGUACUGAACGAUUUAGAAGUCUAUUGUUCACAGCCUGAUGAAAACAUCCUCUCUGUACGUGAUUGUUAAGUGUAUGAUUACCACCUGAGCUUGUCAACCCCAAGGAACACAAAUCUUGAUGGGAUAUAUUUUUGGAACUGGACUGAUAUUGUGAUGUUUAAUCAUUGAAAUUGACUGGUGUGAAAUUUUCAACUGCAAA